AUGAAUAACAUAACAAAUGAAAAUUUAAAUAUACGUGAUGAUUUAAGUCUUAAAAAAGAAGAAAUUAAAAGCAUAAUUGAAAAUGAUGAUGAAGAUAUGAAUAGUUUUCUUAUCCAUAAGAAAAUAAAUUUAACCAAAGAAAAAAAUGAAAAUAUAAAAAAUAUGAAAAAAUUAAUUUUAGAUCAUCCAGAUAUUUUUGUAAAAAAUUCUGUUAUUAAUAGAGAAUUAAAAAAAAAUAUAGAAGAGAAUAAAAUACUUUUUAACGAUAUAAAUUUUAAUUAUGAAAAGAUAACAAAAUUAUUUGAAAGUAGCGAUUAUAUAGAUUAUAUAAAUAAUUUAAAGUAUUCCAUAAAUGAAGAUAAUUCAAAAAAUAAUUAUUUAAACAAUAUUUUAAAAAUCCCUUUAAUACUUCAAAAAAAUAAUGAAAAAGAAAAUUUACAAGAGUGCAUAAAAUAUAUAAAAAUGGGUUGUAAAAUUAAAACAUUUUUAUUUACAUAUUAUAAUUCUAAUUUGGAAAAUAAAUGCUUAGUUAAUUACUUGAAAGAUUAUGAAAAACACAUGAAUAAGGAAAUUGAAAUAACAAGAGAAAAUAUAAAUAAUUUAAUUAUGAAAAAUGAAAACAUAGAUACUUUAAAAAAAUACUUAGAAUAUUUGUUAGAUAUAUAUAAUUAUUAUAAUAUAAGUGUUAGUAAAAAAGAAAUAAAUAAAUACAUUAAUCAAAACAUAAACAAACACAAAAUAGAAAAUAACAAAGAGGUAAUGGAUUAUUCAGAUUCAUGUAAAACAGAAGGUAAUAAAAAUAACAUUAAUCAUUCAGAUAGUUUUAUAGAUAAUGGUAUUACUGAUGAGAUUAAAAUUAAUACAGAAUAUAUUAAAAAUGAAUUUUUAAGAUUAAAACAUUAUAAUAUAUUAGUAUCUAUAAGAGAACAAUUAGAAAAAAAGAAAAGAAAGAAAAAAAAUAAUAUAAGUGUUUAUGAAAUAAUCAAACUAUUUUUAGACAAAAUUAUAAAUUUAAAAAAUACAUACGAAAAGAUAUUUAAUGUAAUAGAUACUAAUUUAUAUAGGCACAUUAUUUUUUUAUAUUAUUUUGCUUUUUCUUUAGUACAUAUUAAAAUAAAACAAAAGAGUAACUUAAAUGAAAAUAUUCAUAAUGCAAAUAAAAGAGAUAAUAAUUUGCUAAAUAAACUUAAUAUGGAAAUUCUAAGAGAAACAAGUAAUUCCGAUAAUAUUACUGACAAGGAAUCUUUAAAAAAUAAAGAAAAUUAUAAAAAUAUAUCUAAUAACAAGAAUGCAUAUCAACAUGAAAAAAAUAAUAAAAAUAGUGAUGGUAAAAAUUUAGAUAAUAUAUGUUUUACCUCUCAUGCAUUUGAUAAUGAUAAUGCAAAAUGUUUUGAAUUAUCAUUAGAAAAUGUGAUUAAUAUAGAAAAAAAUAAAAAAGACUUAAGUGAGAAUAAUAUAAAAAGGGAAUAUUUUGAUAUUUUUACUUCAAAAUAUCCUUUUUUAAAUUUAAAUAGUUCUAUUUUUAAUUAUAUAUAUUACUAUAUUUUUUUCAAAAAUGACAAAGAAAUUAUUAAUUUUUGUGAUGAUGAAAAUGAAAAAACAGAAAAAACAAAGGAAGAUGAGUUUCAAUUUAAUGAAAAAAUAUAUGAAAAAGAUAAUUCAGAGAAUAUACUAAAUCAAAAAAAUAAAAUAAUAAAUCAUUACGAUUUUGUUAACAUUUUAUAUGAAGAGAAAGAUAAAAAAUACAAAAGAAAAAAACAAAAAAAACAAAAAACCAAUCAUGAAUAUAAAUAUUUUGAUUAUUACACUUCAAUACAAGUUUUAAUUCAAAAUGAAAAAAUUAAAGAAUCUGUGUUAGAUUUAUUUCAAUAUAGAAAUGAUAAUGUAUUUUUAUCGAUGGAAAAAGAAAAUGAAGGUGUUGUAAUUUCUAUUAUAUUUCAUAACAUUUUAAAUAAAAUAUUUAUAAUAUAUUUGUACGAGUUUCUUCAAAAAAAUAAUAUAUAUUUUUAUCAAAAUAUAUUAUUCUUUGAUGAAAUAGAAAAGGAAAUAAGUAAUGAGAAUCGAAAUAUUAUUUGUGUGAUAUCAGAACAUAUAAAAAAUCAAAAAGAGUAUUUUCUUAAAAAUCAUAAUGAUUUUUUUAAGUUAAAUGGAGAAAAAAGAAAAAUUGUAGAAGAAAAUGAUCAAAAAUAUUAUCAUGAAAAAAUAAAUGAAAAACUUAAACACACUUUUUUAAUUUCAUAUUUUUAUAAUAUAAUUUUCAUCUUAAAAAAUAUCAAAUAUUAUGUAGAUAAAUCGUUAUUUUAUGUAAUAAUUUAUUUGUUUGAAAAUUCUUUUAAAAAUGUUAUUGAAAAUUUAAUAAUAAUUUUCUUAGCUAAUCAAAAUAUUUUUUUUAAAUCAAAAACAUUUCAUUUUAUAAUGGAAAUACUUUUUAAAAUUAUUUUACCUUUCACUUUUUUUUUUCUUUCUAGUAUUUUUCAAAUUGAUGUAACCAGUUCAACGGAGAAGAUUUUUAAAAUAUUAGACAAUUAUGGAAUAAAUAUAUAA